GCAUGUUGAUCUCGCAGACAGACCACUAAAAUCAAAAGCUAUUCUUCACUAGGCGCACCAUGCAUACUUGUAAUAUUUCAACAACGAAGUAAAAUCUGAGUAUCAAGAGGCUGUGAAGACAUCUUAUGAUGUUAAAUUAAUGAAGAAACGAAAAAAUAUAAACAUGUCAGGAUUCAGGACUGGCGUUCUACAAUUGCAGCAAAGCUGCGGGAAUCUGAAAACGAAAUACUGGACGACUGAAGAGAAUAAGAUUUUGAGUAACUUUUCACAGCCAAGUAUUAACCUGAAAACACUGAAGCAAGGUAGUUGCAACAUAAAAAUGAGAGAAGAUGCUUUACACGAGGAAGCACAAGAUUCCACGUGUGUUGAUUGGUAUUGUUAACCCGACCGAGCUUAAAGGCAACAUCGAGCUUUCAGUCGAUGGGUGGAUGCAUUAUGUGAAUUUUGAGCUGGAGGAUGGCCAUGGUGUUUCUGGGGACGAUGACGACGGUUUUCUUGACGACUUUCGCCCAGAGAAUGGAAAAGAUGAAGGCAACAAAGAUAUGGAAUUGGAUGAUGUUGCUGGGAAUUCAAAUAAUGGGGCUGCUGCCCCGCCUGCGAGUGGUGGCACUGAGCAAGUUCAGCCCAUUGGUUCUACCUCAGUGGAGGGGCGUUCGGUGGCUGCGAACCCAUGGGGGCCUUCUCCAUGGCUGCUUCACCAACAACAUUGGCUCAGGUCCCUUCGGAGGUGGCAAGGCAGACUGCUUCUUCAAAAUUUGCAGCAACUUCAGCAGCUCUAUUGGCUUGUUCGUCUGGUGUUGCUGAUGUGGCUGCCACUGCAGCGUUUUCUGCAGUUUCAGCUGCCAUGGAAGGACCUUCUGCUGCUCUCGCUGCUAUGCCUUCGCCUUUGACUGCCAUGGCAGCGCCCAGUUCGGCUUCGGUUGCUGCUCCUGCGGACGCGACAACACCUCAAGCUGCCGUGGUGCCUUUUGAGGCGCAUCUCUCUGCUGCGGCGCCUCGUCCUUCGGAGGCGAGGUCUUCGCAGGGGGCUGACGGAGGCGGUACCGGGGUGUUCACUCCGGUGGUGUAUCGGCGUCGAGGUGCGACUGACCGUCGUGGAGAGGGGCAGGUGGCCCUUUCCUCGCCAUCGCCGGUCUCGCGGGAGUCUCAUCUGCAGCUGCUCCUGGGAUGCGGCUACUCUUUGGAGGCUGCGUCCAGGGCGGUUGGUCGCACGGUCGAGUUCGCGUCUUCUCCACCUGUUGCUGUCGCACCGGUGGCGGCUCCUUCUAUGACAACUACUGUUGCGCCCGUGGCGGAUCCUCGCCGCAGCGCCCGUCUUUCAGGUCGGGUGGAUGCUGAUGAAGAUUCAAUGGUGCGGGCUCAGAAGUUGGUGCAGCAACGCAAUCUCGACAAGCAGCCUGGUUUUGCUCUUAUGUACCAAUUGGCUGCAAUUAUGGGCGUUGCUACAGAAGGUGCAGCACAAGGAACCGAUGGAGUCUGGCGCCAAGCGACUAGAGUGGAUCACCAGGGAGUUUAUGUCCCGGUUUGGGUGGCGUGCUAGCUCUAGACUUCUUACUUUGUAGAUCGGUUCUCUGUUUGGCCUAUCACACUUGUGGACGUGGUCAUGUUUUUUCAAUUGUUGAGAAUAAUGUACGAAUUUAGGCCGUAUGCAUUCAGAGGUGGUCAUGUUUUUUCAAUUAUUGAGAAUAAUGUAUGACUUUAGGCUGUUCAGAGGCCGGAGGUAAUAAAGCUUCCAUUAUCUAAAAAAAAA